AUGUCCCGCCGAUCUGGCCGCUCAAAGCCCCUCGCAGAUGAUAGAUCCAAAGCGUCAGAUGCUGAAGACCCUGACAAUGACAUCGACGACGCCGAUGAGAUCACCCGCUGUGUAUGUGGCCAUGAAGAGCUCACCUCCAUAGAUUCUCAAGUUCAGCUGCUUCUACAGCAGGAGUACCGGAUCAAGGUCGAUCUGGGGCUUUUUAUCCAGUGUGACAAGUGUCUGGUUUGGCAACACGGUUAUUGUGUUGGUCUCUUUGUCAAUGAAGACGUGCCUGAUAAGUACUGGUGUGAGCAGUGUAAGCCAGAACUUCACUUAUUCGUGCUGGCUUCGCUGAAGCAGCCCAACAGAACACUUUAUAAACCUGCAAAUGAUGGAAGAGCUCGAUUGAUGGAGGAAGAGAGCAGCCGAAACGAGAAAAGGGCUGCUACUCGGCUGCGAGGCAGAAGAAGCCCCAACGAGAGCACACCAGAGGCAACAAAAGAGACAGACAGACAAUCCAGAAAAGACCGUCGCCAUGGUAACGACUUUGAUGAGCAGCUCCAGAAGGCUUUACGUGAAAGUGCCAAGACGUCAGGCAGAAACGACAGGAAAAGACAGAGUGAUCUGGAGCAUACUGGUGGAGAGAAGAGAUCUCAUUCCGAGACAGAUGAGGUGGACGAGUCAAAUGCAGAUGAAGAUACUGAAGCCACUCAAAAAGAAGCACGUUCAAGACCUCUGAGGCCGAAAUCUAAGAGCAGGCCGGCCUCGGCAAAGCCUAAGAACGCUGCCCCAUCCAAGACAGACAAGAACGCUAUAAACAAGGAGGAGCUUUUGAACCAGCUGUCCAAGCCUCGCUUUGUGAACGACAAGUGUACGAUAUAUGAGUUGAGGAAGCGCACGGGGCCAUCUUAG